GCACGUGUGCCUUGUAAUAGAAGCAACUCGCCACCCCUGAGUAUUGGCUCAGUCUGUGCUGAGGUAUCAAGGGGUUGAAAUUGUUCUUCUAUUCACUGGUUGUCUUGUAAUUUCAAACUGCCAUGCACAGGCCGGGGGAUGGAGCGAGCGAAGAGGAGGUGGACCUGUACUUGAGAAAGCUGUGUUCAGAUGUGACUCUGUACAGUCCCCAGGAAGGCUUUUUCAACCACUACAUGGAGCAGAUCGACGCUCAGGUCUCUCAAGACUUCCUCGAAAAGUUCAGCAAACUGAAAAGUAAUGAAGAGCGUAUCAUUAAGACAUGGGGAGUCAAGCCUAUCCACACGCUCAAGGUGCAGAGUUUCUACAAACAGAAGAGCCAAGAAGUGUCGGAGAACCGGCGGGCGGAGGGCAACAAGGCGUUCCAGGAAAAGAAGAACGAACAAGCCCUCUUGCUAUACUCCCAGGCCGUCAUGCGUGCACCUCAUGACAGUGGAAAUAGCUUGGCACUGGCCCUGGCCAACAGAUCAGCUGUCCUCUACCACAUUAAGAAGUUUAGCCUCUGCCUCUCAGACAUCGAGCUCGCCAUGCAGGCCGGCUACCCACCCAACCUCAUCUACAAGGUGCUGGACCGCCGAGGUCAGUGCCACCUGGUGUUGGGUCAGUACACCAGUGCCCUUGAUGCCUUCACCGCCGCCGCCCGUGCCCUCUCUAACUCUGGCCUCGACAACAACAAAAUGGAGUCCUGGAAGAAAGACCUCAACAUGAAAAUUCAUUCCUGUCAAGGAAAAACGGAUGCAGAUGAUCCAGCAGCUGACGUGACUAGCAGCAUCGAUCUCUUCAUGGGGGCAAAUCCAGUCCUUCCCAACGCCUCCUCGACCAUCACUCUCAACUCUUCCAGAGAACAAGGUCGGUACUUGGUAGCGGCGAGACACAUACCUGCUGGCCAGGUACUGUUGGCUGAGCGACCGUACUCCGCCGUCCUCAUGGCUAACAAGUGCGGUACUCACUGCACUCACUGCUACCACAGGUUGGUGGCACCGGUGCCGUGCCGCUGGUGCAGCGGUGUGGCCUUCUGUAGCCCCCGGUGCCGGGACCUGGCCUCGGCUACCUACCACCGAUGGGAGUGCAAGUUCCUCGACCUGCUCCUGGGGUCCGGUGUCUCUCUCAACUGCUACCUCGCUCUCAGGGUCAUCACUCAGCAUGGUCUCGCCUUCUUCAAGAAGCUGGGGCAGCGUCUGCAGCAGCCCAGCACCCUCCCGUCAGGGACCUCUCCUCACCGUCCUGACGACUACCUCAGCUUCUACCAUCUGGUGGCGCUAGAGGAGGAACGUUCCCCAAGUGACUUCUUCCAGCGCUCCCUGCUCGCUACCUUCCUGCUCAAGGUGCUGCAACGGGCCCACUUCUUUGGAAAAUGGGAUGACGAAGGAUCCCCGGACAAGGCGAUGACAGACGACGAGGUGUUGGUAGGCGGCCUCCUGCUGCGACACCUUCAACUCAUCCAGUUUAAUGCCCACGAGCUAAGUGGGAUGGCAUUCGCUAGUGGGCAGAGGAACUUCAAGAAGACCAAGAGUGUGUUCCUGGGAAUUGCUGUCUACCCGACCGUCGCCUUCUGCAACCACUCCUGCUUUCCUGCCGUCACCAGAUACUUCGAGGGAGACAAGAUGGUGAUAGUGAGCAUCCGUCCGCUGGAGCCUGGGGAGGUGGUGGCUGAGAACUACGGUCCCAUCUUCACCCACCACCCCAGCCAGGAGCGACAUCGCAAACUUCUCUCUCGCUACUGGUUCAAGUGUAACUGCGUGGCAUGUCAGGAGGACUGGCCUGUAUACGCCAAGAUGAGUAACAAAAGGAUCCUUCGCUGCCAGACAUGCAAGUCUCCCCUUCCUCCGCGGGCACAGACCCAGUCCCACGUCUACUGCAAGGACUGUGGUUCAUCCACCGAUGCUGUACAAGCUAGCAAGGCUCUCGAUAAGGCUGAUAAGUUGUAUGUGACCGCGUGUCGAUUCAUGGACGAGGGCAAGCGGGAGGAUGCCAUCUCUGCCUUCAACCGCUACGUUGACAUCGUUAGCAGCGUGGUAGUACCGCCCUUCAGGGAGCUCCACCUCUCCAUGCAGUCCCUCAGGCUUCUCGUAGCUUCCCGGGGCACCAUCCAUACCCCAGCGAUCUCUGCAUUCUCUUCUACCAAACAGUAGUGGUAACCUAGAGCUGUACCACGUCCACACUCCAGCUGCCUCCUCCCCUACCACUUAUAGUACCAUGCAAAACAUAUUUUUACAAGUUCGUGAGGAACUUUUCAGGAAAAUUAGCACCCUUUUCUAGAUUUUACUACUGCUCAGCUUAGACUCGGUUACAAGUAUCUCUGGUGUUAUGGGGGCAGGUGGUUGUACUGAGAGGGCCAAUAGUUAAUCAAAAGGAGUUCCUAAAAUAGUGGAAAUAGGUAGGCCCCGGCCCCCAGGGUAAUAUCUUCCCAGCAAUGAGUACUUGUUUGGCUAGAAUAAACGUCCGCCGUCUAAGGUAAUCACCUACUCCACUCUAAACAGGAUGAAAAGAUACACCUAGCUUUAUCCUUAUUUAUUAAACCCUCUAAUAACCCCCAUAUGCAAAAAUACAAUUCAAAACAAAAAAAAUCAAAUGUUUAUUCAGGUAAAGUACAUACAUACAAGGUGUGAUACAAACAUUGAUGGAUUU